AUUUUUUUAAAACGUCAAUAAAUACAGAGAAUAAAAAGCAGCUUCAUACAUACAUACGCUGCAUAUCUGCUCCCUCACCUCGUUCCUCGCGCUUUCUCUCUCUCUCUCUCUUUCCUUGAGAAACAAGCCACAAUCACAACAAUCAAUCCACUCUCUGAUCUCUCCUAAUAGCAACAAUGGUCAUUCUCGAGAGCACUGUCCAUCACGAGCCCGAAACGCCGCGUUUUACCGACGACCUUGCCUUUGGCUCAGCUUGCUCCACUCCCUUCGCAAGCGCGCCGUCUAGUCCCAGCCGUGCUCCACCGCCUGGUUACUUCUUCAGCGCACCGUCGAGUCCGAUGCAUUUCUUCUCCUCCUCCGCUGCUCCGUCGGAGAAUCCGAAGCUCGACUCGUCUCCUUCCGGCGAGUUCGAGUUCGAUUUCUCGUCUCGGUUGUCUUCAAGCAGUUGCGGCGUAGUAGCAAUGACCUCCGCGGAGGAGCUCUUCUCCAACGGCCAGAUCAAGCCGAUGAAGCUCUCGUCCCACCUCCAGAGGCCUCAGGUCUUAGCGCCGCUUCUAGAUCUUGAAACCGAGGAGGAGGAGGAGGAAGAAGACGGGAGGCGUGGGAGGGAUCUGAAGCUGAGAAGCAGAUCUGUUCAUCGGAAAGCGAGAUCUCUCUCUCCGCUCCGAAACGCAGCGUUUCAAUGGAACGAAGAGAGAGAGGUGAAGGAGUGUAUACGGAAGUUACAAGAAGAUUACGAAGAAGAGGAAAAAAAGAGUAACGGAAACGCCACGUCAGCCGAAACGACGCCGUCUUGUUCCGCUUCUUCUUCUCGGUCCUCGUCUUACGGAAGAAACACGAAGAAAUGGAUAUUCCUCAAGGAUCUGCUUCACCGUAGUAAAAGCGAAGGAAGAGGAAACGGUAAGGAGAAGUUCUGGUCCAACAUCUCAUUCUCUCCUUCCAGUCUCAAAAAGCUCAAAUCAGAGGACGCAGCUGUCGAGAGCAAGAAGCAGAAACAGUCAACACCGGCGAAGAAGACUCCGGUCACCGGAAAACCGACAAACGGGAUAGCGAAGAGGCGAGGGUUGCAGCCGUCAGCUCACGAGGUGCAUUACACGACGAACAGAGCUCAAGCGGAGGAGAUGAAGAAGAGGACGUAUUUGCCGUACAGACAUGGACUCUUCGGGUGUUUAGCGUUUAGUUCCAAAGGUUACAGUGCCUUUAACGGUUUAGCCCGAAGUUUAAACCCGGUUUCAUCCGGUUAAAACUCCCUGUGGGUUAUAGAUUAUUUGUUAUUGUUAAGCAAGUGUUUAUGUAUAGGUUAUGGAUUUAGUGAUCCUCAAGUUCUAAAUAGUAUUUGUAAGAAGAUCAAUGCAACUAUGUUCUUGGAUCUGAUUAGUAUUAUUCUCUGUAUUUCUUGGGAAUUAUUUCUGAAUCUAAAAGCUUACAGUGAUGUUGGCCACUGAGCUGGGGUCAGGAAACAACAAUGGUGUUUGGGUUUUUGGUUUGUUGAGACUUGGAAGGGAGUUUGCAAUAAAUUUUUGUAGUACUCUUGUGACAUCUGCAGAAGAGAAACAAAAAAAAACAAGUUCGGGGCCAUGAGCGAGUUGUGUUUUGGACUAAUGUGUGCAAAGAGUUAAAAGAGAGCAUCUUCAUCAUUUACACGAUGACUCGUUUGUGGUUUGUCUUAUUAAACAUUUGGUGAUUGAAACUGCAUCUUUCAAG